GGAGACGUUGUGAGCAAUAAAUUGCGAGUUGUCUUAGAUUUUGGCCAAAAGUCAAGUGAAGGAGAAUUCAAUGGAAUUGAUUCUGUGGUCAGAGGAGUGGAGGGAAGCGGUAAAAGUAUUGUGCGAACCAUUGGUUCCGCCACAAGACAACGAGAUACUCGUGAAGACGGUCUACGCGGGGGUCAACGCAACUGAUGUCAUAACAUAUCAAUUUGGAGGAAAUGGAGUCGGAUAUGAGGCAUUGGGAGUGAUUGAAGCCGUGGGCAAAAAUGUUACUGAUUUUACAGCCGGACAGACAGUCAUAUUCCUAUUUGGCGUCGAUUAUAAUUUCAGAGGAUUCUCUGAAUAUAUAUACGCUAAGAGUGAAGAACUAACUGCAGUCCCUUGUCUUAAACCGGAGUUACUAUCACUACCUGUUUGUGGUAUAACAGCUGCCAUUGGAUUGGAUAACGCCGGAUUUAUUAAGAAAACUGACAAAGUAUUAGUGACUGCAGCCGCCGGUGGCACUGGUAUGGUAGCCGUCCAGUGGGCCAAACAAAAAGGGUGUUAUGUUAUAGGAAUGACAUCAACUGAAGAGAAGGUUACAUUUCUUAAAGAGUUGGGAACCGAUCGAGUGAUUAAUUAUAAGACUGAAAAUUUGGAUGAAGUGCUCACUAAAGAAUUUCCGGAAGGAGUGGAUGUGAUUUGGGAGACAAUCGGUGGUCAAGUAUUUGAGACUCUAUUUAAACAUUUGGCACUAAAGGGUCGACUAGUUUUGAUUGGAGGAACCGCUUCUUAUAAAUCUGAGACAAACGAUGUGAACAAUACACUCAAUAUUCCCAACGCCUCUAACUACGCUAAGAGUGAGGAAUUAACACCAGUUCCGAGUCUUAAGCCAGAGUUCAUAGCAUUACCUGUCAAUGCAAUGACUGCCUCUAUUGGAUUGGAUGUGGCCGGAUUUAUUAAGAAAACUGAUAAAGUAUUAGUGACCGCAGCCGCCGGUGGAACCGGUCUGAUGGCUGUCCAAUGGGCCAAACAGAAGGGCUCAUAUGUUAUAGGUAUGACAUCAACAGAGGAGAAGACAAAGUUGUUAAAAGAGUUGGGAACCGAUCGAGUGAUCAAUUAUAAGACAGAGAAUUUGGAUGAAGUGCUAACCAAAGAGUUUCCGGAAGGAGUGGAUGUGAUUUGGGAGACAAUCGGUGGUCAAGUAUUGGUGAAUCUGUAUAACCAUUUGGCACCAAUGGGUCGACUGGUUAUAGUCGGCGGAACUCCUAAUUAUAAGGAUGAGGACAAUAACGAUAAUAUUCUCAAAAUUCCUGAUCUCGCACUUAGAGUAUAA